ACAUACCUGUGCGGGACAGAACUCCUUCAUCCCUCCAGUCUGGUGCCCAUGUGGCAGCGACGUUUCCUCACACUGCUGCUGUCACUUUAACGUGUAGCCGAUCCAUGUGGAGUUGUGUUAUGUUGAAUACUGCACACACCCUGCCCUGAUGUGCUUCGAGGUGGCAGGGAAAGGUUGCAGCAGCAGGAAAGGAGAUGUUCCUGGUCUCUGUGCUGGAAGCAGGAUGAACCUGGUGUCCAUGGCGACAGAUCCUGAGUUGAAAUGGAUAACCCUGUGGGUCCGUGUGAGAUGGGCAGCCCUGCUGGUGCUCCUCCUGAGCUCAGUGGUGAUGCUGCUGCUCCCACUGGCUGUGGUGGAAGACCAGUGCCAGACAGUGCUCAGAGGACUCUCCUUCCUGAAGAGUAAACCGGGUACAGGCUCCUCGGGUGUCACCAGAUACACAGGACAGACGACUGGGCUCAGCGUCACCUCCAACGGGCUGGAGCUGCUGGUGCUGAAAGGCAAAGCCACCCCAGAAGUGAAGCUGGAAGCCAGAGCAGCUCUGAACCAAGCCCUGGAGAUGAAGCGGCAGGGGAAGCGGGAGAAGGCUCACAAGCUCUUUGUGUACGCCCUCAAAAUGGACCCCAACUACGUGGACGCCCUGAACGAGUUCGGGAUCUUCUCCGAAGAGGAGAAAGACAUCCUGCAAGCUGACUACCUGUACUCCAAAGCGCUGACCCUCUCGCCCUGCAACGAGAAGGCCCUGAUCAACCGGGACCGCACGCUGCCCUUGGUCGAGGAGAUCGACCAGAGGUACUUCAGCAUCAUCGACGGCAAGAUGAAGAAGGUGAUGGCCAUCCCCAAAGGCAACUCCGCCCUGCGCCGGGUGAUGGAGGAGUCCUACUACCACCACAUCUACCACACGGUGGCCAUCGAAGGCAACACCCUGACGCUGGCGGAGAUCAGGCACAUCAUCGAGACCAGGUACGCCGUGCCCGGGAAGAGCCUGGUGGAGCAGAACGAGGUCAUCGGCAUGCACGCGGCCCUCAAGUACGUCAACACCACGCUGGUGUCGCGCAUCGGCUCCGUCACCGCCGCCGACAUCCUGGAGAUCCACCGCCGGGUGCUGGGCUACGCCGACCCGCUGGAGGCGGGCAGGUACAGGGCCACCCAGGUGUUCGUAGGCCACCACAUCCCGCCCCACCCCCGGGACGUGGAGAAGCAGAUGCAGGAGUUCGUGCAGUGGCUGAACUCGGAGGACGCCAUGGGCUUGCACCCCGUGGAGUUCGCCGCCUUGGCCCACUACAAGCUGGUUUACAUCCACCCCUUCGUGGACGGCAACGGGAGGACCUCGCGCCUGCUGAUGAACCUCAUCCUGAUGCAGGCCGGCUACCCGCCCAUCACCAUCCGCAAGGAGCAGCGGGCCGAGUACUACCACGUCCUGGAAGUGGCCAACGAGGGCGACGUGAGGCCUUUCAUCCGUUUCAUCGCCAAGUGCACGGAGACCACCCUGGACAUGCUGCUCAUCGCCACCACCGAGUACUCCGUGGGCUUACCCGAAGCGGACGGCAGCGCCGCCGGCUGCAAGCAAACCAUCCCCGUCAAGACUUGAGGGCGGCUGGGGGAGGUUCGGGA